AUGACUGAUACGCCUUCCCAUCCGCUACCCCUUGAUUCUCGCGAGCAACCUAUAUUGGAUUCUCUUAACUCUAUACGGGACGAAUUGACGCUUCUGAAGCAAGAUAGAACGACUUACAUCAAAGCUGCAGAUGUACUCACUUUAUAUGAUAAAGUGGUUGACCAAGUAACGUUGCUCAAUGAGAUAAGAGCCGAUAAGCCUCAUGAACAGAACCGAGUGGAUCGCGUGUUGGAUGGAUGUUUCCAACUACUCUCUUUAUUCUUCAUGACCAUUGGGAAGACCAAUGAAGCUCCCGCAGCUUAUUCUCUCACGUCUACGAUCAAACGCCUGCUCGACCAUCUGACCGAAGUUGAUCUAUAUUGCGAGAAAGACCUAGCACAUAUUGCGCAGACUCUCGAGAGGCUGGGGGGUAUUGUGAAGAACGCUAAGCCUUCUUACUCUCCCAGGCUCCUCACUCUUCUUGGUAAUAGAAUCGAAAUAUGCCAGCGCUCCUUGAAGAACUUGAGCCAACGACUAGAGCGAAUCAGCGGAGACUUAUCACCCGUUCAUGAAAAGAUUAUAUCGAUAUUGAGGUCAAUAUCAUUGGCUAAUACUAGGAGCAAGUUUUCAACAACGGAGGUUACGAAGCUUCAAACUCAAAUGAAAGAAAUCGAUUCCCAAAGAGUGGAUGGAAAGUUUGUAACCGUUUCUGGGGAAAUACCCGCGGGUAACGAUGAAGUUUGUGAACAUCUAGAAAGAUGUUUGAAGUGGGCGGAAUUUGUUCUGGAAAGAAAGGGACAAUUUCCAGAAGCUUUCCAGGGGACUUACUCAACCCUGGUGGACAUUCGGAAUAAGCUUGAAAAGCUAACUUUGACUCAAGCCUGGUCAUUGCGGGAAACAGAUUUGUAUGACUUUCAGCGGCAAUUGGAUAAAAUCGACGAAAGCCGGGUAGAUGGAAAUUUCGUUGAUGAGGAAGGAAACUUUGCCGAAUUAUAUGUUCAGCGAACUUUACUUUACCUAAUUAGACGUAGCUAUGCGUACAUUUAUUUCCUCAUGGUAUCAUCAGAACCAGUUUCUGAGGCACUACUCCCAGUCUAUAACCAACUUCAGACCCUAAGACGAUGUCUCAUUGAAGUCAAGAACUCUGGCGGUGUCAGUUCUCCAAGAGAAUUGUACCCCUACAGCAUGAAGUUAAAUUCAAUCGACAACAUGCGCGUGGAUGGUAAAUUUAUGGUCGGACCGGACAUUCCAGAAGGCCAAGGCAGCGUCAACGAUCUGCUCGCAGAAUGCUUCGAGCUUAGCUAUGAUCUGCGUGUGGCCGCAGAGAGCGAAAGCGAUGUGUAG